CCAAUCCUCACAGUCCACACAGCUGUAACCUCCUAUCAGACAAGCAGAUUUUUUUUAACAGCAACACACCACAUGUACUCUUAUAUGAGAGAGCACAGCAUUAGCAGGCCACCAACAUAGUGCGUUUACUAUCCUUAAUUUGGAAAAGAGUUUUUGACAUCAUUGAUUAUGGUAUUGUGGCUCUUCAGAUCAGGAGGUUGCCUGGGACCUAAAGUAUAUUCCGAAGUACCAGAUGGUGGCUGGGGUUGGAUUGUGGCUUUGGCCUUUUUUGUUGUUGAGAUCUUCACAUAUGGAGUUAUUAAAAGCUUUGGCAUAUUCCUCAACGAUCUGAUGUGCGAGUUUAAUGAAACCAACAGUCGAGUUUCAUGGAUAAUCUCAAUAUGUGUGUUUGUAAUGACAUUUACAGCACCAUUGUCCACUGUGCUGAGCAACAGAUUUGGCUACCAGCCUGUUGUGAUUCUUGGAGGAUUCCUAACUUGCCUGGGAACAAUAUGCACUGCAUUUACCAGCUGCAUAAAUCAGAUUUACAUCACAGUCGGGAUAGUUUCAGGACUUGGUUACUGUUUGACAUUUCUCCCAACUGUCACCUUACUGUCCCAAUACUUCAGCAGACGUCGAUCUUUGGUCACUGCAGUGGCCUCCACAGGAGAAUCUUUUGCCAUAUUUGCUUUUGGACCAGCGUUUACUGCACUUAAGACACAUAUUGGCUGGAGAUACACAAUGGUGGUGCUUGGAAUGUUACAGGGUACCAUCCUUGUCUGUGGACUUCUGCUUCGCCCCAUGAUCAUCAAGAUAGAAACUACAGAAUGUUUAACCAAACCACUGAGAAAGCAGGAAAUUGAGAACUCUCACACUGAUACUGAAUUCAGUGGCUCGGUGAGCUCCAGAGGCUUGGUUGUGCAGUCAUCUAAAAAUCUGGAAGGGGGCCUCCAAACAGAGGGACAACAAAAAGAUGGAGACACAUUUCAGACUUCUCAAUGUGAAAAGGAUAAAAAAAGUUUGUGCAGAAACAAACUCCUUGACCUUUCUGUUUUAAAGGAAGGCAGCUUCUUAUGUUAUGCUGGAUUUGGUCUUUUUGCAACACUGGGCUUCUUUGCCCCACACCUAUAUGUGGUGGAGUUUAGUGUGAGUAUGGGAACUGAAAGGGACAAGGCAGCCUACAUGCUGUCAAUAAUGGCGGUGGCAGAGAUCUUUGGACGUCUCUCCAUUGGCUGGAUAAUGAGCUGUGGCUGCAUUAGGAAGAUAUUUGUCCUACUUGGAUGUGUGUUUCUGAUAUGUCUAGUGUUAAUGAUCUUCACAGUAGUAGAAGGUUUCUGGGGCCUGGCUGCCUGCUGUGUCUUGUAUGGUUUUCUGUUAGGAAAUAUUGCAUCCACACACAUCCCCAUGUUGGCAGAGGAUGAUGUAGUAGGCAUAGACAGAAUGUCAUUAGCUGUAGGUGUCUAUGUAUGCAUCCAGAGCGUUGCAGGACUCGCUGGGCCACCUUUAGGAGGUUUUUUGGUGGACAUCACACAGAAUUAUAGCUCUGCCUUUUACUCCUGUGCUGCUGGUACAGGGAUAGGUGCACUCUUUCUUGGGCUGGUACGUCCAGUGAAGACAGGUUUUCUGUGCCCAAAGAAAGAUCAGCACUUGCCAAAACUGCCUUUGCUGCUGAGCAAAGGCCAGCAUAAAGUCAUGCCAGAGAAAUUUCUAGAGGCGGCAUUCCCCUAACUCACAAGGUUAAUCUUCUAUUCUCUUUGGGCUUGCAACUGGCAAAUGUGUGGGUGUCUGAACAUGGAACAGUAUCAAGCUGCAUAUCACACUGAUGCCAAACCGAGGUAAAUCUGAUUGAUCGCAUAUACUCAAAAAUAAUAAUUACUCAGAAAAAACAAGCAAAAACAACAAGGGUAUCUACCCUCACACCAAUCACAAAUAGGUGUAAGUUUGGAAUAUUUGUGGUAGUAGUAUAUGAGGCUGUUGUUUUCUGAUUCUGUUCAGAAAGUGUGAUGCAAAUCACCUUCAUAUCUUGAAUCAUAUAUUUAGUCAUAUCACUUGCAGGUAAGAUUUACGAUUGGCCAGGAAGUCCACCCUAUACAUCCAGUCAUAUACAACAAUUCUUUCAAACUACAAAGCUCUUGUUGACAAUGCUUCAACUAUUCCUGAAAAUGACAAUGAAUUGAAUCAUGUGAUAAAUCCAGCAGAAAAACUCUGGAGAAAUACGUUAUAAUGUAAUGGGACUGAAAACAAUUUAAAUAGUGCA